AUGAUAGGUGAUAGACAUGGAAUAGACUAUCAGCAUCUUAGGGAUAAGUCCAUCCAUAUUAUAAGCGAGAUACAAGCCACAUUGUCUCGAGAAAACAACCUGGAGAUUAACAACCUUCCCAACAUAGAAGCUAGUCUUGUUAAGCUUUGGAAGAAUUUACUUCCCUCGGACACCAAACCUACAGAGUCGGACAUACAGGUAGGAAACCAGAUGUAUCCAAACAGCAUGCAAACAGUAACCUGCUUAAUAGUGUACUACUUACUUGAAAACGACUGUGGUGAUAUUGUUGACAAGCUCAUAUCCGAAAUAAAAGACGGAAAAGAAGAGGUGAUGAAGGUUAGAGAUGAUUAUGUCAGAUUCAAAAGAACUGUUUCCGAAGUGCUGGGAAAUUCCACAGGGCUUUUGGAGGAGUUUCUUGAGAGCCAUCCAAGCAAGGAGCUUGAACUUUAUCUUGUGUCCCAUGAGUUCCUACUACUAAUAAAUGGAGGGAGAUACGACGAAGCUCUUAAACUAUGCUUCGGGAAACUAAAGUCGUUUGUCCCAACAUAUAUCCAAGACGUCAAGCCGCUUCUUAAGUUUCUGGUGAAUCCUGGAAAUAUUCAGGAGUCUCUGGAAAGAAGUAGAGAAAGGCUUAUAGAAAACUUCAAAUCGAAGUAUCUGGAAGUGAGCGGGAUGCCAAACGGUUGCUAUCUCCAAGAGCUAUUUGAAGCUGGAACUUCUGCCUUUCUUCAGCUUUCCAGCUCUGGAAAUUUGCUUUUCGAUAAAGAUGAUCCAGCUCUUCCUAUAGAGAUAAAGAUGGAGAAAGGAAGAAAUUACCACUCUCUCUUCAUAUGCCCGGUGCUAAAAACACUCUGCAUCGAUGGAAAUAUUCCUGUGAUGCUUGAGUGUGGCCAUGUAAUAUCUUUAGAAGCUGCAAGUGUGCUUUCUCAGGAAGGUGUUUUGAACUCCUUCAAAUGCCCCUACUGUCCAGAGAUGUCCAAGUAUGAAAAUAUUUUGAGGCUUAGAAUUUAG